CUUUCAGACACGAGCUGCUUCUCAGAGGGAGGAGGCUUGUUUGCAGACGCUCCCGGGGCCCGGGCUUCCAAUCUGAGAUUAAGGAUGGCCCAAUCUCGAUUGACCAAAACUGAGAGAAAGGCGCUGCUGGAUAUUUUGGGAUGCCAACAUCUAAGCCUUCUCUAUAAAGCAAGUUUGCACACCUACGAUGUCAAUGCAUUUCAUUACAAAUGCAACAAUCAGGGCCCAACUGUAGUUGUGGGAUACAAUGCAAGUGGCUAUAUCUUUGGAGGCUUUACUGAACAGAGUUAUGCUUCAUCUGGGAGAUACCUAUUUGAUAACAAUGCUUUCCUCUUUAGAUUGAAAGGGAAAGAGCAGGAGCCCAGCAUACUAAAAUUCCCAGUCAAGAAUGCUGUUGAGGCUGUCCUUGAUAAUAGUGGAUAUGGUCCUGCUUUUGGAACUAACACACUUGUAUUCCUGUCACAAAGCAAGAAUAGUGUUGCCACAAAUACUAACACUAACAGUUACACAUUCAAUGCAGAAGACCUACAUGGAAAUGACCUAGUCCUUUUGGAAUGUGAAGUAUAUCGAGCUGAAGGGCUGAGUAGCAUUUUGGAAAAACCAUGGCGGGAGAUGACAUGGACAGCUGAGAAAAGGGAAGCGCUGAUGAAAGAAAUAAGAACUUACAAACCUUGCUUGGAUGCUGUGCCCCAGUGUCGGGUUCUGCUCAUUGGGCCAGUUGGAGCAGGGAAAUCCAGUUUCUUCAACUCUGUUAAUUCAACUUUCCGAGGCUACGUGUCAAGUCAAGCUUCAGCAGGAUCAGAUUCCACAAGUCUGACAAAGCAGUAUAGGACUUACCAACUGAAAAGCGGAAGCGGUAGAACCCCACUCCCAAUCAUUUUCUGUGAUACCAUGGGACUUGAAGCUCAACACAGCACUGGUCUGGACAUUGAGGAUGUGCGCAGCAUAUUGGAGGGCCGUAUUCCUGAUCGGUACUUGUUCAAUCCAUCCUGUGUUAUGAGCCCCAAUAUGCCAAACUAUAUCAAGUGCCCCUCUCUAAAAGACCGGAUUCAUUGUGUUGCAUUCAUUAUUGAUGGGUCCAAGGUUGAGAUCCUUCCUGAGAAACUGGAAGAAAAACUGAAAGACAUCCGUCGAAAAGCGAACAGUUUUGGUGUUCCACAGCUUGUUAUUCUAACUAAAGUGGAUCAGAUUUGUCCUAUUGUUGAGGAAGAUACAUCAUAUGUAUACAAAAGCACAGCUGUUCAGAAGCAGAUGCGGCUAAUGGAAGCAAAACUUGGCAUCCCCCUGUCUCAUAUCGUUCCUGUUAAAAAUUAUUCCUCGGAGCUGGAACUGAGGAAUGAUGUUGAUAUUCUGAUACUCAUGGCAGUGAGGCAGAUGCUUCGUUUAGCUGAAGCCUACUUUGACGACUGUGAUUACGAACCUUCGGUCAGUCGUUCCACGAAGGAUUGUUACGCUGAGCCUUGAAUAUAUUUACUGAAGCCCAUUAGAAUUCUAGUUUAUGCUUUAGAUUUUUAAUAAAAGCGACCCUGUUUAUUCUCCAUUUAGGGAGAUGCUGUUCCAGAUUUGAAACAUGCUUACAUACCAAUAUCAGUAUCUUGCUGUUGCUGCUGUAUGUAUGUGGCUAAUGGACAGGUUAACUGUAGAGCUGCAAGGCUUUUAUGUUCUUUUGGCCUACAACAUCCUUUCCAACCCUAAAAUUCUGUUUCUAAGACAAUAAUAUUAUAUACUGGUAGGUAGCUUGCACGAAGUCCAUUACACUGCAAUUCCAGGCUAGAAACCAGAUUGGUGUGUGCACUUGAGAUUCAUCUGAAGGGAAAGAGAAAU